CAACACAUUUGCUGUUGUUUAUCUUGAUUCUGGAAGCCAGGGGAUUUUAGUCGCUCUUGCCUUUUCUCCGGACGUCAGCGCAGUGUCACGGCUGAAGUUGAAGAAGUUACGUACGCGCCGAGAUGACGACGCACUUCACCAACGUGCUGCGGCAGGCUUUCAAGACGUUCGACCGGGCCAACCACGCCAGCUUCAAUGCCAACCUGCAGCAUCUGCGCCAGAUGACGGACGAGCUGACCCACCGGGAUCUGCACCUUCGCGAAGAGCUCUUCCGGAACGUGGAUGUCGGCGUCGCCAGCCGACGGGCGCCAUGCAGCUAUAUGCACAUCUUCGAGGACGAGCGCUUCUCCAUGAGCCUGUUCAUCGUCCGGGAAAGAAGUGACAUUCCGUUGCAUGACCACCCCAUGAUGUUUGGCCUGCUGCGCUGCAUCUGGGGCCAGCUGCUGGUGCAGAGCUACACGCAGCAGGUUGGAUCAGACGAGCCCAUUAUCUACGAUCCGCAUCCCACGGUGGUCAAGGUGAAUGCUGAAGAGCCCAGUCUGGUUACGCCGGACAGCCCAUGCGCAGUUUUGACGCCCAGGAGGAGGAACUACCAUCAGAUCACCCAGACAGGCAACGGAGGAGUUGCCGCCUUCUUCGACAUCCUCAGCCCGCCCUACGAUGCGGAUAUGCCCGUGUACGGGCCACGCCAGUGCCGCUUUUACAGCCCCCGAGCGGACGGUGGCCAGCUGCAGCUUCAAUGCAUCCCCUCGCCGACCACCUACUACUGUGAUGUGCUGGAGACGCCCGAGUCUGUGCUGGAGGCUGCGUUCCAGUGCGCCGACGAGGCCUACAACGCCGCAAAUGCCAGCGAGACGCAGUGAGUCUCUGCGUGCCGCAGCUUAACCCUCCUAUUUAUUCGCCCAUCACCCGUUGGCUGC